AUCUCCUGCUUUUCCCACCCCCCAGCCACUCCAGCGCUCUUCAUCCAGGAAUGCUGUCGAAGAAAGUCCGUUAGACAGAACUACUGGACUGGAGCUACCCAGAACAAGAGACGAAGAAAACCAGAAGGAAACAGUGAGCUCAGACAGAGUGGUUUCAGUGUAUGACAGUCAAAAUGAGAGUGACAGUUUACAGCGAGGAAAGAAAAGAGAGCUGAGCGGGCAAGAAAGGGUGGCAAGUAGGAGAACAGGAGGAAGAAAAAGCAAGAGAGAAAAGAAGUGAAGUAAAAACAAAAAGCAAAGGGAGGUACAGUAAAAACGCCUUGCAGCACUUUCUUUCUUUGUCGCUUCCCCUUUCGGCGAAGAAGCAAAGGAAGACUUUUUGAAAGGUUCAGGGGGAGGAGAAGCAGUGUGAGAGCCUCAUCUCUGAGGAGCGAAGUCACGCUUCAGAAGAGUCAGCAGGAGAGGAAGACUGACUGUCUUCAGGGGCAGAGGGACACAUGAAAGGGACUUUAUAACUCUGCUACACAAACACAGGGGCAAUUAGCUGGUCACCAGAUAACACUGAGCAGAUAGCACUGGCACAAAAAAAACUGCCCCAAGAUAAAAAACCAAAAGCCAAGUGACUGAAGAAGAAGAUCAGUGCAGAACACGACAGACAUACUGAAAAACACACCAACAAAGACAAAAAGAGGGAGAAAAGCGGAAGAGCACUGGCUUCUCCAGUGUCCUCACAUACCCCCAUCUUCCACCCCCUGGUCUCCUAUCCCCUCUCAGCCGAGAUGAUGAUGUAUUUCUGGGGUAACCAAGAGGCCCCAGCUCCCCCUGAAGCCAUGGCCCAACCGUUCCCGCCAGCCCCGUAUCCCCCUCCACCACAGAAUGGAAUCCCCACUGAGUACGCCACGUCCCACACCCACCCACCGGCUGACUACACAGGACCAAGCACGGUGGCUGAGCAUGCCCUGACGCUGUACACGCCAACACACACACAGAGUGAACAGCCAGGGACUGACAGCAACACCCCCGCCCUCACUGCCAACACAGUAACGCAAGCAGAGGAGGUUGUGCAGACGGAUGGCUCCCAGCAGCUCCACCUGCAAACCAGUGAUUCGUCUGAGAAGCAGCAGCCCAAGAGGUUACACGUCUCCAACAUCCCUUUCCGUUUCCGAGACCCUGACCUCCGGCAAAUGUUUGGGCAAUUUGGCAAGAUUUUAGAUGUGGAGAUUAUUUUCAAUGAGCGAGGAUCCAAGGGCUUUGGGUUUGUAACAUUUGAAACGAGUGCAGAUGCUGACCGUGCACGGGAGAAACUAAAUGGUACAAUCGUAGAGGGACGCAAAAUAGAGGUAAACAAUGCCACAGCCAGAGUAAUGACCAACAAAAAGGUGGCAAACCCUUACACAAAUGGCUGGAAGCUGAAUCCAGUGGUUGGAGGGGUAUAUGGUCCUGAAUUUUAUGCAGUUACAGGCUUUCCAUACCCUAGCACGGGAGCAGCCGUGGCCUAUAGAGGGGCCCAUUUGAGAGGGAGGGGUCGGGCUGUCUACAACAUGUUCCGUGCGGCACCUCCUCCUCCACCGAUCCCUGCCUAUGGAGCUGUGGUCUACCAAGAUGGCUUUUAUGGGGCAGAAAUAUAUGGAGGGUAUGCAGCUUACAGAUAUGCCCAGCCAGCUGGUACUGCUGCCGCUGCUUACAGUGACAGUUAUGGCAGAGUCUAUGCAACAGCAGACCCAUAUCACCAUACGAUUGGUCCUACAGCCACAUACAGUGUGGGCACUAUGGCUAGCCUUUACAGAGGAGGGUGCAGUCGCUUCACUCCCUACUAGAAAAGAGGGAGGCACGCCCCCUUCCUUUCCCCGCAAAACAGAUAAAAAAAAUAAAAUCUCUAAAUAACCGUCUGCACACUCUUCAUGGAAAACUAAAACCAAAAUGUUUCUAGGUGGCAAAUCUGACCCGAAAUACAACAUCCUCAAGAUGCUUCCCCCUUUUACACAGUCUACAUUUAUUGAUGUAGUGUACUUAUUUUGGAAAAGAACAUUUUGUUACUUUGUGUUAACAUGAAUGUAUUUUCAUUGAAAUAUCUAUAGUAGUGGGAAAAGACAACACUGGUCAAUGUGAACACAGCGAGGAAAGAGCUGAAAUAGAGAUGUCUCCCUGCUUCUCACUCUUUUCCUCUCAAAGUUAUUGGUCUGCAGCUCAGCUCCUGUGAGGUGGUAUCUUGCAUUAGUUUUAAUUCCAUCUAAUUUCCCUUCUUUUAUUGUUUGGAUUAGUCAUUUCCCCCAUAUACAUUAAAGACCACUAAUGUUCAGCAAUUCCAGUUUAAGCAACAAAUUUCAGAUUGGAUUUAUUAAGUAAAUGAUACAGCCAUUCCACCCCCUGAGAGAACUGGUUUCUUUCUAAGUGAGUCAAUAACUGGAGUUGCAUUUCAGACUGACUUAAUGGGACUCAGAGCUGUUCAGCCCAAAGGAGGUGAAACUGUAAAAAAAGUGUCUACCAGGAAGUGGUGCAUUAUAAAACCCAGAAGGUGAGAGGAAGAUCAUGAUGUAUUACUGGAUUCGAAUGCAGGAGGAAGUGAUGUAUAGCAAGGUGUGGAGCAAAGAGCUAUGGGAGUCAUUGCAAAAUGGGCAGCAGUGUGUUAGAACCAUUGAUUGUUGGCAUAGUGCCAGAGGCAAGAGGUAUCCCAUUACUGCUGAAUGGCUUUAAAGGAGAAAACCACAUUAUUUCCACACAAUGGUUUUCAUUGUUUCAUGUCCUCACGUCCUGCACAUACUCACAAUGAUACCACAUAUGCUAUGUAUUUUAUAAAAUAUUUUUGGUUUCUUAGUGAUUGCAGAAUGUGAUCUUAUCUUUUGUUAUCAAACUUACAACCUAAUACCUUGUCCUCGUUAAAGUUGCAUUAAUGAUUAUCUGCUUACUAGGAGACAGGGAACAUAUGAAAGCAUCCUGGAGGAUAUAAACACCACCUACCACAGGUUGACACUGUUAUGAUUAAUGUAUUAGCCAUAGCAACACAUAAGUAUUAAUUUGGAGUAAUAUUUCUAUCCACCAAAUGAAUAUCCAAUAAUCUAAUAUUCACUGUCAAUUUUGCUCUGGUAUGGUCUACUCCUGCUUCAAAAAUCUGACUGGUCUACCAGCAACCAUACUCCAGCAUUUUAUGUAACUUAUCCAGGUUUUAAAUUCAAAGCUAAGUUUAUUUUAUAUAAGUAAGAUGUUUACACUUUUUUAUUAUUAUUGUUGGCAUUGUAAAUGAACUACUACAAGAGUUUCACAAAGAUGGUUUUGCAUAAAUAGGCUAAAAUGGAGGAAUCCUGCAUGUAGCUCUGAAUCGAUUCUCUCCUGUCCCCAAGCAUCUGUCUUUGCUCUGAGGAAACACAACAGAGGCAGACAGCAAUUCGUAAUGUUUCCCUUCACCCAUAAAAACAGCCUCAGACCAUUUUAUUGGAUGUCACGUAAAAGAAGGAAAUACAGGAUACUCAAUGCAAACUCUAGAUCACUCGCUCACUUCAGUUUGAUUAGUUUUUUGUUAGAUGAGUUGUCACCCCGUGCCUUAAUUCAAGACCAAUAAAAACAAAGAAAGAAACACAAAAAAAAGCAGUGAAGUCAGUGCAUGGACAGAUGUUCAGAUCAGUCAUUUCAAUUGAACCUCUUUUGUAUCAGUUGCAGCUUGAAAUAACUUUUCAAUCUGUUUUCUUUUCAUUUUCAACUGGAAGAUGAACUCUUGGAAACAGAAUACAAAAACACACUGUUACAAGUUCAGUGGCACUGAGAAGUCCGUAAUGAGAGUAGUUGGAAGAGUUAAGAAAUGAGACCACAGGCCAGAAAAGCCUAAGAGGUUUUGGAAGUGUUCCAGACAAUGUGAAAAUAAUAAUUAUUAAUAAGGGCUUAAUUCACACCAAGAAAGCCCAGCUCUGGACCAGUUUAAUUCUAACAGAUAUUUACUUUCCUGAAAGAAGUAACCUACCUUCAAUAGGCUUGUGUGUUAAUGUAUAAAGGAGAUUACAGCCAAUCUGAAGCUGACAUCUGAGAUCCCAGUGAUCAGACCAGCAGCUUGCCACCUUUCGGUCUGACAGUACUAAAAUUUGCUCAAAACAUGGGCCCAUAUAUUCCUAGGUACAGCUUAUAGGUGAUCACAGUUGGUGCCAGCAGCUCUUUUCACAAAUGACAGUCACAAAUUGCAGAUGAAUGUGGGAGUCCUACACUCUUCUUGCAUUUUCUUGCAUUGAACACAGUAUGGUGUUUCUUCUGAUUAGCUAAAUGCAGACUGUAUACGCCAAUCAGCCAUAACAUUAUGACCACCUGCCUAAUAGUGUGUACACAGGGGUCAAUGCUGCAGUUGGUUGGCACUGGUGUUGCUCUGAGGCUCACAGUGCAUCUUGUGUGACUCUGUUUGCUUCCAUAGUUACUGUCAGAAAAAGUGCUAAUGUGGCUGUAAUUUGCUGAUAAAAAAAAAUAUGUAAAAUGAGUGAAAACUGUGGUGUAGAGGACAAGUCAGAGAUAAUUUUUUAGACAAACUCAACAGCCUUCCCACUCCAGGUGUGAUAUCACCACUAUAGGUGCUGAAUG